AUGCCCGCUUCCAACAACAACGCCGCGGCCAACCAGGGCGGCAAGUCCAACACCAUGAGCUCUGCUGAUGCCUCGCGCAUUCAGUCUACCCAGGCGAAGGGUGGAAAAGACAUGUCUGCCGAUGGCUUUGCCGCCCGCGCUCAGGGCGCCGGUGACAAGAACGCCAACGAGAAGAAGUAG